GUUCGUCAGCGAUGAAGAGAAGCGGCUGGUUCCACACCUCGUGAAGCUGCAAGCUCUUUCUCCACAGCGCAAACCAGCUGCCAUUCAGCACCAGCCACUAUACCUGGACAACAGACAAGAUGGCGAACCGCAAUCCCUUCCAGGAUUACAUGAACAAGCUGCAGUAUGCGGCCCAACAAACUCGCUCCGGAGGCAGAAUGCCCGGCGGAGGUGGUGGCAUCGCAGGAGGGGUUGCUGCUCUCGCUGUCCUUGGUGGUGGCGCCUUGCUGUUUCAGAGUGCGCUGUUCAACGUCGAUGGUGGUCACAGAGCGAUCAAGUACCGGAGAAUAAGUGGUGUCAGCAAGGAUAUCUAUACCGAAGGAACUCACUUUGUCGUCCCAUGGUUCGAGACUCCUAUUGUCUACGAUGUUCGUGCUAAGCCGAGAAACGUUUCUUCCCUCACCGGUACCAAGGAUCUUCAAAUGGUCAACAUCACCUGCCGUGUCCUCUCGAGACCCGAAAUCACCGCCCUUCCUCAGAUCUACCGCACUCUCGGCACCGACUAUGACGAGCGUGUCCUCCCUUCGAUUGUCAACGAAGUGCUGAAGAGCGUUGUUGCCCAGUUCAAUGCCAGUCAGCUGAUCACACAAAGAGAAAUGGUUGCCAAGCUGGUUCGUGAGAACCUCUCCAGGAGAGCUGCGCGCUUCAACAUUCUUCUGGACGACGUGUCUUUGACGCAUCUUGCCUUCUCUCCUGAGUUCACAGCUGCCGUUGAAGCCAAGCAGGUUGCCCAACAAGAGGCUCAACGUGCCGCAUUCAUCGUCGACAAGGCUCGCCAGGAGAAGCAGGCCAUGGUUGUCAAGGCUCAGGGUGAGGCUCGCUCUGCUGAGCUCAUUGGUGAGGCUAUCAAGAAGAACAAGUCAUAUCUGGAGCUGAAGAAACUGGAGAACGCUCGUUCCAUUGCCCAGAUCAUCCAGGAGGCUGGUGGCAAGAACAGACUGCUUCUUGACUCUGAGGGUCUUGGGUUGAACGUCUUUGAUGAGGAGAACAAAUAA